CCCGCAGGGCAUGGCGUCCGGGAGAGGCGGGCGUCCGCUAGCGGCCGGUACUGGGUCCCGAGCUGGGGCUAGGGUAGUGGCGUCACGCCAGGGCCGAGGGCCAGGAGAGCCGGAGCCGCUCGCUGUCCGCCGCUCGCCGCAGCAGCGACGGCGGCAGGCGCCGGCGAGGCCCGCGGGGAGAGGAGGAGCAGCCCCGCCGGUGGGACGCUCGCCCGGGCCCGGGCCCGCGCUCAGCCGGCGCGAUGCUCUUCUCGCUCCGGGAGCUGGUGCAGUGGCUGGGCUUCGCCACCUUCGAGAUCUUCGUGCACCUGCUGGCCCUGCUGGUGUUCUCCGUGCUGCUGGCACUGCGUGUGGACGGCCUGGCUCCCGGCCUCUCCUGGUGGAACGUGUUUGUGCCCUUCUUUGCUGCCGAUGGGCUCAGCACCUACUUCACCACCAUCGUGUCGGUGCGCCUCUUCCAGGAUGGAGAGAAGCGGUUGGCCGUGCUCCGCCUCUUCUGGGUCCUCACGGUUCUUAGCCUCAAGUUUGUCUUCGAGAUGUUACUGUGCCAGAAGCUGGUGGAGCAGACUCGGGAGCUCUGGUUCGGCUUGAUCACGUCUCCAGUCUUCAUUCUCCUGCAGCUGCUCAUGAUCCGCGCUUGUCGGGUCAACUAGCCUCGCAGAAAGGCCAGAGAGGGGACUCUGCAUGGCUAGGAUGCUGGACCCCAGGCUGAGGUCCUACCUCCAUCGCACCAAAGGAGAAGUCUGGGUCUGAAAGCAAAGCCAGCUCCCGUCCUGGCCAGUGCCCAGUUUUCUCUGUACCAACCAUGUCUAAUACGGCCCCCUCAGCGGGGCUGGAAAGAGCAGCCUUGGUCCUUAAAAUGUGUUUCUCGUUAUUUCAUGCUUUGAACAGCGAAUCUUUGAAUUGAGAUGCCGAGAAGGACCCAGGCCAGACAAUGCAGAAUUCCUCUGACAGUUGGAAACUGCAUAUAUGUAAGAUGUCCUGAUGGGCUCUGAGUAUUCUCAUGGAUCUUGGGGAAGGACUCCCUGUGCAAAGGCUGCAAAGCCUGACUCACGGUCUCCUCUGCCCCGCAGCGCUCACUUAAGAGCUCACUGCCCUGUCCAUCCGGCAAUACUUACUUAGAUGCUUGAGCUCUGAAAAGCGUAAAUGAGCUUGCAUCCGCUCCCCUGAGCUACUGGGGGAGGAUGGCCCUGUCUUUAUUCCAGGCAGACAGAAGUACGUUGAGUAAGCAUGAUUGGGACCCUGUAUUUGGAGAUCUGUCGCCUGAGAGAACUUUGCUUCUAAAGCACCGCUUGGCUUCCUGUCCCGGCUGAUCGCGACUUUUCUACCACCUUGUGGCCAGCACUCUUAGCACACCUGGGACAGAUUUAGGCCUUCCUAAGGGACGGAGGAGAGGAGCAUUGUUAACGCUCAUAGGCACUGAGACCUGGAAAUGGUCUUGGCCACGUUUGUUGGCCUGGGGUCUUUAAUGCCAGUCAAGUGCCAAAUGAGAACGUUUGCUGAGAUAAAAAUAAAAUAAGAAUGUUUUGCUGAGAUGGGCAGUGAUUGCCUGAACUCUUGAGGGUGAAAUCACAUGAGUGUUGAGAUGCGCCCCCGUGUCCCGUAGCUGGUUACAAAGCUGACUGUGGGAGACUGGAAUGCACUAGGGCUUCAUUGGUGGAUGGGGCGUUCCCUCGGAGAAGUUUGUCUUCCUGGCCAGGUGACCAGGGUGAAGACAACAUGGGGUAGGACUGUGUUGAGGACCUGCUGAGUAGUUUGUGUGACAUCAGAGCCUUGUGUUCCUGCCAGUGUGUGGUCCUCGUAGGCCUUACUGUGCAGCAGGGGUCAGACUGGCCUGAGGCCUCUUUUUGUACUGGGAGUACAUUAGCUGAGAGUGAUUUCUACAUUUUCAAAGGGUUAUAAAAACAACAUGUGACAGAAAAUGAAUGUGGCUUGCAGUUGGCACUCUUGGCCUUUUGGGUCAGAUCAUUCUUUCAUUGGGGCGGGGUGGGGGUGCUGUUCUGAGCAUUGUAGCGUCUCACCUCUACUCAGUAGAUGCCAGGAGCCCCCCUCACUCGUGGCAAGAAGGAUCUGCAUACAUUAACAAGUCUGGGAUUCGAAACUGUUCCUGAUGAGAACCGCGAGCAGAGACAUUUGUUGUCUGGCCCUUUACAGCACAGGUUUGCAGACCCUUACUUCAGUGAAACAGCUUUGUGACCCUCUGCCUGGAGUGGAUGCUGAACGGCCUGAGCCACUGAGAUACUUGUGUUGGAGACUGGUCUGGUUUGUGCCACGGCUGCAACAUAGCUUUCUACCGAGGACUGGCAUAUUUGCGUCAAAAUCAGAUAGAAGGUGAACAUUGCCAGAGUGUUUAUUUUAUUUUUUAUUUUUAUUAAAGUUUAUUUAUGUAAUCUC